AUGCCUGGAUCUGCUGCCUCUGCCCCUCCUGCCGCUGCCGCUGCCCCAGCGGCUCCGACUGCUGCCCCUUCCUUCGGUGACCACAAGGGCAUCAAGUUCGAGAUCAAAACUGGCAACAACCGCUGGACCUGCACGCUGCAGGACCGCUCUGCUUAUGAGCGCACCAAGACUGCUCGUACCAACUCCACCGACUCUGUCGAGUCCAGUGCUUCAUCAACCACCUCCCACUAG